AUGGAUUCCCCAAUGUGCCUGGUCGAAAACGCCGACGGCGAGCUUCAUGUAGUUCCUGGGGCCAUCAAGUACCUGAUGGGACUGAACCAGCAAGUCGUAGUGGUGGCAGUGGUAGGGCUGUACCGCACUGGCAAGUCCUACCUCAUGAACAAGCUGGCUGGAAAGAGAAAAGGUUUUGCCCUGGGAGCCACCAUCCAAUCCAAGACUAAGGGAAUCUGGAUGUGGUGUGUGCCUCAUCCUGAAAAAAGAGAUCACACCCUAGUGCUGCUGGAUACAGAGGGGCUGGGAGACGUGGAGAAGGUAAGAGGUCAAAGUUCAGUCUCUUUACAAUCCACAUUAAUAAUCCAGCACAGUGAACACAUUUCUAAACACACAUACACUACAUGACCAGAGUAUGUGGACACCUGCUCGUCGAACAUCUCAUUCCAAAA